GGUGUACUUGAGGAUCACCUCAUUCAUGAAUGCUUGAUUAUAGUUCUAUGUCCACUCAAGGUAGCCGCCCAUGAAGGGGUCAUGCUGUCAGAUCCUGUCAGACACAGUCACUACUGUUUUACACUGCUCACAAGCUAUAUUGUUGACACCCCAGAGGCCAUGAUGCUGGCUGCUGUUGGCAGGAAAACCUCUCCGGUUACUAUGGCCAUGUAUAAACAGUUUGGAGAUUCUUUCCAUCAUGGACCUCACACAUGA